AUGAGGGCCAAGUGGAAGAAGAAGCGUAUGAGGAGGUUGAAGAGGAAGCGCAGAAAGAUGAGGCAGAGAUCCAAGCCACUCUGCAUCUCCCCUUCUAUAAGCGUUGUUGACUUGUGCUCGAAUGUGUUGAGAGGUGAGCUCCCGAUGAUGAGCUGUUUACCUAGGUUUACUCAAACGACCCGACGCAGCUGCAUCGGCUCCAGCUAUGCUUAUCAUGGCUUGGUGGAGCCAAAUCUGAGCCUGCAGAAACUUGACAUAUUGUAUGGCUUGUUCAAGCAUGGAAGCCGUGUCGAGCUUCGAGCCGCCGGGCACAAGGCUCUGCAGAAUUUUGAAACGGUCACUUAUGCGGUGGCGCCGCUGCCUGGCCGCCACGCUUUGUGGGUCCGUCGACAGCCUCAUGACUGCCCCACUACUCUUCUUCUUUGUCUUAUUUUGCUUCACAGCGUCAUGAUCAUGUUUUCUAGGGAAGUGGAGUUGAGUAGAGCUAUUCAGUGGGUUAAAAUGGGAAAGUAA